AUGGAACAUCUAGAACAUUUGUCUUUCAACCACGCGAUAGCAGUCAUCAAGAGAUCGCAGUGGCACCAUAACCCACAUGUUGCCGCUCGAGGAUUGAUCAGGAAGGAGUUGUGCAAGCGUUGUACCAGCACAAAUGCCCCACGCCCUCCCAACGGAAUGUGGUGCGUCGGCUGCUGCCAAGGCGACAGCCCGCAGCCGUGGGGCUACCUGCUGCCGCUGGGAGACGCCCCACCCGCCCUAGAGCUGCGCUUGGAGUCGACGACGGUGCUGGCGAGCGAAAGCUGCCCGCCGGCCGCGGACGGCGGCGCGGUGGGCCUGCCGCACUGCACGGCGCCGCGGGCCGUCUUCACGGUGCGUCGCGACGCCGCGAGCGGCAGCGCGUCGCUGACGGCGGCGGCGGACGGCGUGCGGCUGGACGGGCAGCCGCUGCCUCGCCAGCGCGGGCGCGCGCUGCGCCACGGCGCGCGCAUCGCCCUGGCGGCCGAGGACGGCGCGUACGUGUUCGUCAAUCGCAAGGACAGCGACGAGUUCGAAGCUCCGAAGGAGGUGCUGGACAGGUACUUGGUGGGGCACUGCCUCGGUUCGGGAAGCUUCGGGAAAGUGUUCGUGCUCUUCGACAAGCGAAAGUAUCAUCGCCGCAAAGCCAUGAAGAUCGUCGUGUCGGACAACGCCAAAUCACGCAAGGUGGCCAAACGGGAAAGCCAAAUACUGAAAUCCAUAAAACACCCCUGCGUUAUCGAGAUGUCGAGCGUGACGUGGAUGGGCAACCGCCAGUUCCUAGUCAUGCAGUAUCUGGCAGGUGGCGACCUCUCGCGUUUCGUGAACGACCGACGCCUCCUUUCAGAAGCGCAGACGAAACUGCUCUUCUUCCAGUUGGCCCUCGCCGUGCAGUACCUGCACCGAAGGAGCAUCUGCCACCGCGACAUAAAACCGGCCAACAUCCUCUUGGUGCAGCGCCACCCACGCACUCUUAUCAAAGUGACGGACUUCGGCCUGGCCAAAGACGAGACGUACCACUCGUCGCUGAGAACGUGCGCGGGCACGGGGCCGUACCGGGCGCCCGAGACGGAGGACGACGGCGCGGCGUACACGCUGGCGGUGGACGUGUGGAGCAUGGGCGUCGUCCUGUUCUACAGCCUGACGGGCGCGCUGCCGUUCAAGAGCUUCUACGAAGCGAUGCUGCAGCGCCACGAGGUGCGCUUCGCGGCCGAGCGCUGGCGGGGCGUGUCCGCGCAGGCGCGGGCGCUGGCGGCGCGCAUGCUGAGGGCGCGGGCCGCCGAGCGGGCGAGCGCGGACGCGGUGGUGGAGGAUCCAGCGGCGUGGGGCAGUCUCUCCCGAGGCGGCACCGCGUGCGCGGGGUCGCCCGAGCCUCCGCCCGCCAUGAGCUUCUUCCAUCGCGCGCCGACGCCUUGGGGCUACCUGCUUCCACAGCGGGACGGCCCCCCGCCUCUGGAGCUGCGCCGGGAGUGGGCGGGGCUGCACCUGGACCAGCGUCACGCCCUCCUCCGCGACGCCGCCGACGAGCCGGUGUCCCCCAGGGUCCACCUUCGCGCCGGCCUCUUCUCCGUGCGGCGCGACGCCCGAACGGGCAGCGUGGCCCUGCACAGCGGCUCGGACCUCGUCCGCUUGGACGACGAGCCCGUCCUCAGCGGCGAGAGCGCGCCCUUGCGGCACGGAGGGCGCAUUUCAUUUGGACGGGAAGACGCCACGUAUGUGUACGUGAACAGCAAGGAGAGCGAGCGCCUGCUGCCAACGGAGCUGCACGGGCAAUAUCUUGCGGGAAAUUGCCUAGGAAGCGGGAGUUUCGGAAACGUUUACGUGCUAUUCGAGAAGAGAAUGAAUCAUCAGCGAAGAGCUUUAAAGAUUAUCCAGUCAAAGAACAAAAAGAGACAGAUGAAACAUGCCCAUCGAGAAGGUGGAAUUCUGACGACUCUGAAACAUCCGUGUGUCAUCAGUGUAUACUACGAUCUACAGGUGGGCUUUCAACGGUUCUUGGUUUCCGAGUUUAUGGCAGGCGGUGACUUAAACCAGUUUGUGACUAAUAAACACAGAUUGAGUGAGCUCCAGACAAAGCUCAUCUUCUUUCAAUUGGCCCUCGCGGUGCUGUAUCUACACGACCGAAGCAUUUGUCACUUCAAUCUCAAGCCCGAGAACAUUCUGUUGGAGCGGAGCGACCCACGUACCCUCAUUAAAGUAACCGACUUCGAUCUGGCCAAAGGCAAAAAUGGUAUCGCCACCCUGAAGACCAUUGCGGGUAGCGUACCGUAUCUGGCGCCCGAAAUCAUCAGUGAAGAGUAUUCUUGCUCGUUUCCGGCAGACGUGUGGAGCAUGGGCGUCAUUUUAUUCUACACCUUGACCGGUGCGCUUCCAUUCCAAAACCUGGACGAAGCUGUGCUUCACCGCCACGAGGUGGACUUCGCGCAGGCGCAGCGAGUCGGGGUGUCGUGUCACGCGCGACAGCUGCUGCAGGCCAUGCUGAAGGUUAAGUCUAAAACCCGCCUCUCUGCUAAGCUGGUGGUGGAGUGCGCGUGGCUGCGGGACGAGGCGAUGCGCAAGGAUGCCUCCGAGCUGACGGGGCUGAAGGAUAUCGAGUGCAACACCCCGACGCCCCAUCACCGAGUCGUCUACAUCGGUACGCCGUACAGUCAGUGCUGCACGGAACGGGAAUACGUCUACCUGGAGGGGGGGUUCAAAUCCACGCUUGAGACAGUGCACACAUCGCUGCCUCCGACUUCUGCGCCUCUGGACACGGACGAUACUAUACUCCAUUGUUUUAUUUAUAUUAAUGCUUGCUACUUUCGCAGCGUUUAGGUAGAAUGCGUCAUUACGAAAGAUAGUGGUAAAAUAUUUUGUCUUUUACCAAACAAAUCUUUACUUUCCCUCCUCCGAUUUCUCUUUUAUCUCUGUAUUUCUUUCAUCCCAUGUAGGUACUACUACAUGG